AUGCCGGAAAUAGCAUCUAUCGAAUACUUUCGUGUACCACCUCGAUGGCUCUUUGUAAAAAUCACAGACAAAGGUGGCAAUGUAGGUUGGGGCGAAGCCUCUCUUGAGGGUCAUACCCAAGCCGUUGAAGGUUGUUUAGACGCUUAUAUCGCAAGAUACACGGGAAUGGAAGCUGAUGAUAUCGAACAUAUAUGGCAAAUGUCUUGGAGAAGUGGAUUCUAUCGUGGAGGCCCGGUUCUCAUGAGCGCAUUAUCCGGAAUCGAUAUUGCUUUGUGGGAUUUGAAAGCUAGAAGGUUAAAUGUACCCAUCUAUCAGUUACUGGGUGGAAAAGUCAGGGACAAGAUAAAGGUAUACGCAUGGAUUGGUGGAGAUAGACCUUCUGAUAUUGCCAGCCAAGCUCAGGCUAGAAAAGACCAAGGAUUUACAGCAGUCAAAAUGAAUGGUACAGAGGAUCUCGGAUGGUUUGAUUCGCCAUCUGCCCUGGAUGGCUGUAUAGAACGAGUGAAAGCUGUCAAAGAGCUUGGAAUGGAUGUUGGAGUUGACUUUCAUGGUAGAGUUCACAAGCCAAUGGCCAAGCAGCUAGCAAAGGCUCUGGAACCACAUCGACCAAUGUUCCUGGAAGAGCCACUGCUUUCAGAACACAUUGGGGGCAUCAAAGAUCUUUCGCAACUAACAAGCACCCCAAUUGCCCUGGGUGAACGUCUCCAUAGUCGAUGGGAUAUUCGACCAUUCCUUGAAGCUGGUGCUAUAGAUAUUUUACAGCCAGACAUUAGUCAUUGUGGUGGGAUCAGUGAGAUGAAACGCAUCGCCUCUAUGGCCGAGACUUAUGACGUCGCUCUCGCGCCGCACUGCCCUUUAGGACCCAUUGCUCUCGCAGCCAAUAUUCAGAUCGCGGCGGCUUGCUCAAAUCAUGUCAUUCAAGAAAUGAGCUUGGGUAUCCAUUACAAUGUUGGCGGGCAAGAUCUUACGAGUUACACAACCAAUCCAGAGGUCUGGAAGGUAACCGGUGGUUAUAUUGAUUUGAUGAAGGGUCCAGGACUUGGCAUAGAUAUUGACGAGGAGCAAGUACGUAGACUUUCUCAAGGAGCAGAGCCUUGGGUGAGCCCGGGGUUCAUUGGCCCAGGCGGUGAGAUUAGAGAAUGGUAA